GUUUGUUCCUGCUUUCGCUUUUUCAGUGCCUGUUAGUGGGAGGAAACGGGGCAGAAUUUCACUUUCUCACCACGUCUCUGAGUCUCUGCCACGUCAGAUUGUACAUACACGCCGUCGGGGCAAAUAAAAGGCAGCUCGGAUUUCAGGACUUACUGAAAAACAAGACUCUGUAAGCUAACAAGCUAAUCAGGACACAAGCCCAAGCUGUGAGGCUAAUGCUAACAGGCUAACAGGCUAACAGGAGAAGCUAGCCGUCUAGUGUGAGGCUGGGAUCACAAAAACACGUCGUUUUUUAAUUUAUUUUUUAUUUUAUCGUGCCAAGAUGGAGGGCAAAUACAACCUUAAGAGUCCGGCGGUGAAGAGGCUGAUGAAGGAAGCAGCUGAACUGCGAGAUCCCACUGAGCACUAUCACGCCCAGCCUCUGGAGGAUAACCUGUUUGAGUGGCACUUCUCAGUCCGCGGGCCUCCAGAUUCAGACUUCGACGGGGGGAUCUACCACGGCCGCAUCGUUCUACCUCCCGAGUAUCCGAUGAAGCCACCAAGCAUCAUCCUCCUCACCCCCAACGGGAGGUUUGAAGUCGGGAAGAAGAUCUGCUUGAGCAUAUCAGGGCAUCACCCUGAGACGUGGCAACCCUCCUGGAGCAUCCGGACAGCUUUGAUAGCGAUUAUAGGGUUCAUGCCCACUAAAGGAGAGGGAGCCAUAGGAUCACUGGAUUAUACUCCGGAAGAAAGGAAAGCCCUGGCAAAGAAGUCUCAGGACUUUUGUUGUGAGAUGUGCGGGUGCUCCAUGCGUACAGCACUGCUGGCACUGACGCCCGACAGCGAGCGCCAACCUGUGGACCCUAAGGCUCAGGAACUCGCACAGCAGAUCAGCUUUAAGGCCGAAUCCAGCACGUCAUCCGCCGCCAGCGAGAGUAAAGAGACGCCGAGCGUUAGCCAAACAGGCCAGCAGGAGACGAGCUCCAGCUCAGAGGCACUGGACAGUCAAGUGCCUACUCCAGAUGAACAGGCCGAACCGACGUCUGAAUCCGCCUCCGCUCCUGCAGCUCCCAGCUCUCGGUCCCUGAGCCCUCGACAGCGCCGUGCUCAGAACCGGAACCAGAACCAGCUACAACGCCGGCCCACUUACCCAGCAUUCCCAGCGGCAGCGCAGCAAGACGGCAGCCAUACAGGCUCAGCAGUGCUCAUCGUAUUGCUCACGCUAGCUCUUGCCGCCCUCGUCUUUCGCAGGAUCUACCUGGCCCAGGACUACAAGUUUGACUACGAGCUCUAAUACUUAGAGUUUUGUAAAUAAACUCCCAACAAAACUAAAACCUAAAACUGCUGCCAACCUCCACCAACUUCCAGCUGCCACAAUGUCUAGAGUGAUGCCUGAUUGUGCUUAAUAGUGCAAACCAAAGGAGGAGGUCAGCACAUACUGUACUUUUAUUUUGAAACGUUUCGCAUCACGACUAUAUUUAGAAAAGAAAACGACUGAAUUAUGUUGGAAAUGCACACCUUCAUGGAAAUACGGUUUUCUCUGGAGUACAGUGGUAUAUCUACCCCCCCCACCCCCACCCAUUUAGAUUUAGAUCUAUUGCAAGACAUUGCAAGAAAUUUUAUUUGAGGCAAUUUUUUUUAUUUAUGAAGCUGUACAAUUGUAAAUCAGUUUUAGGACCAUAACAAAAAAAAGUGGUAUUCAUAAAAAAAACAAAAAAAACAACAACCCUAGUUUGUAUAAAUUUCUCCUUAAGGAGAUUAAUAUAAUUGAAUUAUAAAAUCAGCUAAGCAGCAGCGAGUUACUUUAGACCUGUGUUACUGAAAUGUUUUUACAUCUUUUUUGGGAUUAUUUGAAAGUUAAGCUACUAUUUUACUUAAAAACUGAUAUCUGAUUCUCAUACCUCAAAGGAAAUAACCAGAACCGAGAGUGCAUAGUAAAUAUAUGUAGGUAGGUUUUUAGGCUUGUUCAUAUCGAUUUUUUUUUUUUUUUUCACCUCCUUGCUAUUUACCAGUAAAGAAUUAAUGUUGAAUGAAUGAAUCAUCCCGGUAGAAAAAUCAUUUCUACCAUUUCAUGUUUAAGAAGAAUACAGAAGUACAUAAUGUUAUUAACUGCGAAGAUGGGAACUUGCUGGCACACUUUAACGUCCUAUUUAAAAAAACCAUAGGUGAAAUUUAUGCCUGAAAUGUUCUGGUUUCGUCCUUUAUAACGAUGUCAUAUUUUAUAUGAUGUUAACUAUAUUCCUGUCCUAUGAUCACAGCAACAAACCUGCAUUAUAUUAGACUUUCUUUCACAUUCAUGUACUGGAAAAUAUUCUCUAUCUUCACUAAGCUCUACAGCUCUAAAGAGCACCGCACAAGCCCGGACGAGAGCAUGCAAGACUGGGCGCGACAGAGGGGGGGGGGGCUUCCGUGUGACGUCUUUUAAUAAGAUGGUGAUAUAAUACAGUCGGAGUAAGCGUCACUGGGUGUAAUCACUGGCAGUGUCACAGUAAAGUAAUAAUAAAAAUGAGACAAGAAGGAAUUGCGUUCUACAGCCAAAACUUUCUGUUAUUAGUUGCCAAGCUGAGACAGCCAUACCUUCUGUUACAGGGCACACACACUAAGUUCAGUGAUCAGAACUUAUAAAAAAAAAAUAAAGGUGAUCAGCAAUAUUGGAUUCCUAUAGAUAGGGAUUUUUUUUUUUUAACUAUAAAGACGCUUUAGAAAAAUGUUAUAACACGAUAAAGGACUUUUAAUCUCUCGCUUAUUACAGCUUCUGAUGCAUGUGCUUUUGUUCGGAUGAAUAUAUCGUCACGUUGAAUUGCACCCCAUCAAACGUUCCCCAAAAUUACCACGAAGAUCAUGACAGUGUAUUUAGAGAUUUAGACAAGCUCGUGCAGAACUAUUAAAUAUGCUCUUAAAUAACGAACAGCAUGCGCGCGCACACGGUUUAGCCAGAGAACGUUCAGAAAGACCACGUGGAUCUUUUCCACCUGUCAGUUUAUGUGCAGUGCUUUUAUAUGUGACAAGUUUUACGCCAGUGACGCUAGAAGUAAAACGGCUCGGUUUUUAAUCGGAGUUGUGCGCUGUGAAAGCUGUUUUAUGAUUUUUAUCAAGAGGCUGAUUAAAAUUGGGAAAAUAA